AGGGGGUGGAGGUGAGGGACACAGGCGGUCUCCAUAGCUCGGGAGAAGAGCCGUCAGGGGACAGUAAUACGGAGCCGGCCAGGCCCAGGCCACCUUGGAGAAUACACCGCGGGAGGCAUUGUCCCUCUGCCCUCACCGGCACCAUGGUCAUGGCGUUAUUCGUGGAGACUUUCUGGGGUGAAAAGAACAGCGGCUUUGAUGUGUUAUACCACAACAUGAAACAUGGACAGAUAUCUACAAAAGAAUUGUCAGACUUUAUGCGAGAGAGGUCCACGAUUGAAGAGGCAUAUUCUCGUUCAAUGACCAAACUUGCCAAGUCUGCAAGCAAUUAUACACAGCUCGGAACAUUUGGACCAGUCUGGGAUGUCUUUAAAACAUCAACAGAAAAACUAGCAGUGUGUCACCUAGAUCUAGUAAAAAAGCUACAGGAACUCAUCAAAGAACUUCAAAAGUACGGCGAUGAACAAAUUAAAUCUCACAAAAAGACGAAGGAGGAAGUAGCUGGAACAUUGGAAGCAGUGCAAAAUAUCCAGACUAUUACUCAAGCUCUCCAGAAAGCUAAGGAACUUUAUAAUGUCAAGUGUGUAGAACAUGAGAAAUUAAAAAAGGAGGGAGCACAGGCCAAAGACAUCGAAAAGGCAUCGAUCAAAGCGGGGAAAGCCACUGAGAGUUAUAAACGCUGCGUUGAAAAAUAUGCUACUGUAAAGUUGGAUUUUGAGCAGAAAAUGGCAGAAACCGCACAGAAAUUUCAAGAUAUUGAAGAAGCCCAUCUUAUUCGUGUAAAGGAAAUUAUAGAAUCCUUCUCUCAUUCUGUAAGCGAAGUCCACAUACAGAUAGGGCAGGUUCAUGAGGAUUUUAUAAACAAUAUGGCAAAUAUCACCGUGGAAAGUUUAUUAGAGAAGUUUGCAGACUCUAAGGGAACAGGGAAAGAGAGACCUGGUUCCAUUGAAUUUGAAGAAUGCAAUACGGCCAUAGCAGUGGAAGGCAUAAAACAGAAGAAAAAAAAGACUUUUGGUCUUCCAGGAAUAAUAAAAAAAAGUAAUGACACCGAAUCCGUGGAGAAUGCAGAUGCUGAUUCGCUUAACCUUCCUGCAGUUGAUGAUGAAGGGUUUAGUAUAAAACCAGAAGAAAUGCAGAAUGAUACCAAAGGAAAUCAUUUUUACUCAUCAAGUGAUUCUGAAUCUGACGAUGAGAGGCCGAAAUUCCGUGUACAGAUCAAACCUAUGCAACCAAACAACGGAUCUCACCACACAAUGGCAUCUUUGGAUGAACUCAAGAUGUCCAUAGGGAAUAUUACUCUUUCUCCCGCAGGUGUGCAGAGACCAAGUCCGGCCCAGAUGAGCAGAAUUUCAUCCAGUGAGGAGAUGACAAAGAUGAAAUUUCCAGGACCUAAUGAAAGAAGCAGCGGUGAUCUUCUUGCUUGGGAUGCCUAUGGUGUUCCAUCACUUGAGUCAUCUUCCGUCUCAUCCUCAAGCUCCACAGCUGCACUAGAAGAGCAAUUAUGGGGCUCUUGUCUUUCUCCCACAAUCUUACCAUCAAGUGCUAUUUCUGAAUUCUCAUUUGACUUCUUCUCAAGUCCUGACUCUGGAGAUACUACACAGUCAGACUGUGGCAGCAAUUUUAUGCACAGUUUUGGCACGAUGAAGCCUCGAGUUGAGAACUCACAGUCUACCUCCUCACAUUCUCAAAGGCAGUGGGCUUCCUUUUAUGAGAAUGCUAAACAAGUUAACAGAAACCGCAAAAGACUACAGAGAUACCAUAGUCACUUUGAAAAGACUGAUAAUGUGAGAUACUUUUUAUCUGAAAGGGCUCUGAAAAACUGUGCCUUUGAUGACAGAGGCAUCUACAAUGCCAACUAUUGCUCUGAUAAUGUGUUCCUUGAAGAGAACUCAAAUACCUCAGAACCGUCUUCAUCUUUCAACUGCAGCCUAGUAUCUGCAAUUCAUGUAACCGAUGUGUCGCCACCGGCACGACCAACCACGCCGCAUUCUGUUAGCACGAUUGUACCACCACCGGCACGACCAACCACGCCGCAUUCUGUUGGCACGAUUGUACCACCACCGAGGCCUGCAUCAAGACCAAAGCUUUCUGCUGGGAAACUUGGCGGGAUUAAUGAACUACCACGGCCGUUCAGCCCUCCAGUAACAUCUAACACUAGUCCACCUCCCUCUGCUUCCUUACCUCGCGCUGAAAGCUCCUCUUCAAUAUCGUCUUCUGCUUCGAUCAGUGCAGCAAAUACUCCCACCUUCGGUAUAUCCCGAGGGCCCAGUCCUGUCACCCUUGGAAAUCAAGACACCCUGCCUGUUGCAGUUGCCUUCUCGGAGUCUGUGAAUGCCUACUUUAAGGGAGCGGACCCGUCAAAAUGCAUUGUGAAGAUAAUUGGUGAUAUGACCGUGUCCUUUCCAAGUGGAAUAAUUAAAGUUUUCACAAACAACCCCUCUCCAGCUGUACUUUGCUUCAGGUUAAAAAACACCAGCAAACUUGAACAGAUCUUGCCAAACACGCAACUUCUAUACAGCGAUCCAUCUCAGAGCGACAACAAUUGUAAAGAUUUCUGGAUGAAUAUGCAAGCUGUCACUUCCUACCUCAAGAAGAUGUCUGAACAAAACCCAUCAGCCUCAUACUAUAAUGUAGAUAUAUUAAAAUAUCAGGUUACUUCAAAUGGGAUCCAAUCCACUCCACUAAAUCUUGCUACUUAUUGGAAGUGUACCUCCGACACUACCGAUGUGAGGUUAGAUUACAAGUUUAACCCGGAGUCGAUGGCUCUACCAUGUCCACUGUCUAAUAUACAGGUCGUGGUUCCAAUUGAUGGAGGAGUAACCAACAUGCAGUCAUUACCCUCUGCAGUAUGGAAUGCAGAGCAAAUGAAGGCAUUCUGGAAGAUAUCAGGAAUUUCAGAAAAGUCUGAAAAUGGAGGUUCUGGAUCCCUUAGGGCAAAGUUUGAACUUUCAGAGGGCCCAAGUAAACCAAGCACACUUGCCGUGCAAUUUGUCAGUGAUGGUGCUACCUUGUCUGGAGUGGACAUUGAACUAGUGGGUACAGGGUAUCGUCUUUCCUUAGUAAAAAAGAGAUUUGGCACAGGAAAAUAUAUGGCAGAGUGUUGAUUGUGAAUGUGAAGUGAUGGGUUAUAAACAGGACAUGUCAAUCAGAACUCUUCCAAAUGCUGUUUUAAUGAGAUAAAUAUAUAUAUUUUUUAUUUUUUUUCUUCUAAUUUUCGACUUAUUAAGAAGGUAUUUCUAUACUGCUGCCAACUACACGACAUAAGAAAAUGCACUUUUAUGAGUCAUUUUGUUGGGAUAUCUAUUUUAUAAUGUUGUAGCACUGAUGUUUUCCACAAUUGUCUUUGUAAAAACUCAGCUAUUUUUUUUUAUGUGUAUUUGUACAAACACAAACAGCCCUUUGCGUUGUCAAAAAAUUAUUUUUAUUAUUUUUAUUUAGCAAAUGCAAAAUUUGCAAGUGCAAUCAACUAUAACUAAUGUAUGAUGGUUUAUAUGUUUUUAUAUACAUGUAGACAGUUGACUUAAGAAAACCAUAAUUUUAAACUUCUCAAUUCUUAAUUGCAUAUAAAUAUAUAUGAAUUCAAUGCAGAAAGGCAGGGUGUUCAGUCACCAGACAUCAUAACCCGUAUCUCAUGUUUCCUGAUAUUCAAAGAAUUACUUCGCAAACAGCAGUUUAUAAAUCUGAUGCCGAUAUCAA